UUGUGUCAUAAUUUACGUAUACAUUGAAUUGCUCAUCUUUUUCUAGUCAAUGUUUGUAGAAGAAAAAUCCCUUAUAAGAUUAAUAUUAUUGAAUUCACCAAGAAAUCGAAUCCACAUUUAACAAUUCCAAUGAUAUUAGAAAUUCGUGUACUUCGACAACAAUUGGUAGUUUAGUGCACUACAAUGUUACACUAAAUCAUAGAAUCCUGACGUACUAAAAAUAGUCCAUAAAUGUGUCAAAACAGCAGUGCAGUGUUUUUGUUUUUGUUUGCUCGCUUUCCAAUCGUUUGCAAAUCUGGUGUACUGCAAUGGUGUGAUGCCUUUUAGAGAAUUGCAAUAAGGUCAACAACACAAAUAAAAAAAAAGAAAACAACAAGAAAAUAAAAGGUACAUGCCAAACUAUUAAUCAGUAUUUGAAACUUUGCCCGGGCUGCAAUAAUUUCUACGCCUAGCUAGUACACAGAAAAAGUUCAAUUAAAUCAAUGUAAAACCAAAUAGACCAAAAAAAAUAAUACCUACAGAAAUGGCCGACUACAUUAUUUCAAACGAGUUCAAAACAAUGGAGGAAAUCUGGGACGAUCUGCUACGGCUUCAUUGGGAUUAUCUUGAUACAGAAGAAAAUAUGGAAAAGCUGAAAAUGAGGCGCAAACUUGAAGAUGAAUUAAAAGACUUUUUAAGCAUAGUUCAACAUGAUCGAAAGUUUUUUCUCACCGAAACUGCCCACGUGUUUAAGCAAUCGGUUCUAAGAUUAGACCAAUUCUCCGCAUAUAAAGCUCUGAUGGGAUUUGAAGCGAUAAGUCAAUAUGCAAACAACUUAUUUCGAAAGCCAUGGAGAAAAGAAUACCGUUGCAUCAAAUUGUAUUCAGGAUACUAUCAACAUGAAGUAAAGGCGAACUUGAUAGACGCAGAGAAAAUGUUUGAAGCUAUGGGAUAUACUUUAUUGCCAAACCACACUUUAAUUUUAGAAGGUCCAAUUUGUCCAGAUCAAGUGACAAAUGUUAGCAGGGAUGCUGUCAUAGCUUAUUGUGAAUGUCAGAUAAUGAAGCAGAUAUUUCAAGGUUUGAUUGCGAUGCAAUUACAAACGACUUGGCAAGAAAUUUUUGAGUUCCGUGAAACACAUAUUGGAUCUGCAAGCCAAGCUAUUAAAUCCAUGGCAUAUGCAAUUGAAAAACGACGUCAACGAAAAGAAAGACAAUAUGAGAGUUCGUAUUCAAAUUUAGCGCCAACACCACCACCACCACCUCCAAUUUAUGCCACAUCAUCGUCACAUAAUCAAAUUGCACUUUGUAACAAUCAGCGUCAUUUAUUACCAUCUCAAUCAACUAUAUCAAAAGGCGCUUGUAGUGCAUUCUAUACACCGUCUUCAAAUUCAAGUUGCUCAAAUAAUUGUGGUGCUCUGAAAUCGAUUUAUAGUAAUCAAUUGGCGCACCAUUCAUCGAUCCCGCAUUCAAAAUCACUUGAUCAUUAUAAUAACGAGCCGACGAAAUUGAUGGAACACCACAAUGUCUCACGCCAUUCAUUCGAUCAACCGUUCUCAUCAAAUUAUAAAAAUUAUGAUUGUACAGAUGGAAUUCAUGCUGCUGCUGUGGCAGCUGAUCGCAGCAGUCAUUCGAGUGGCAUGGGCGUUUACCAUCAACCAAGUUGUAGUUUACAAAAUACAGGAAACAUUUAUGAAACAUAUACAAUGGUAAAUAGAUAUCCGUUGCCAGCAUUUCCGGAUCAUCAUUAUUCGCAAAUUGGUGGUACAAUUGAACGCGGUGAACAUUUUGUCGAUACCAAUAUGGGUACUUGUUGCCACCAAAAUUCUCAUUAUGAAUGUUUGAGUAACUUCAAUAGCCGUAGCUUGAUGCAAAAGUCAAAGAACGGAGCCGAUUACAGCAAUUGCAAUUUUCAAUCCAAAUAGAAUAUCUAUAAGCCAGCCGAAAAUAAUUUUUAAGAAUCGGUUGUUAAAAUUUAAAUUAAUUUGGUUCUAUGCGAAAUUUGUUGGAAAAUAAAGCUUUUGUUUUGGAAAUUAUCAAA